AUAAGGUGGAGGGAAUGCACCAUCAGGACGUCGCUCGACUGAUAGCGGAGUGUUUUGCGGCACGCGACAAAAACGACAUCACCUUUCUAGUAGUGGAAGCAAAGAAAUCAAACCUAGAGCCGAAACCAACAGCAUUAAUAUUUUUAGAAGCAUAGCAUUUGCUUUCCCUGCCGGCUAGCGAUCCGGAUAAUUCUGAAGUACCAGAAAAAGGGAUCGACCUUACCGCUGAUAAGCUGAAGUGAACGAUCUCGAUAAUCGUACGUUUUCGUUUCUUCCGUUUCCAAUUGGAUUGUCUCCUUUUUGAACGAUCUCUCUAUCUUCAUCACUUCCCCGUCUCUCUUCACAUUCACCCGCAAAUGCACGCUGAAUCGCUUUGUCUUUGGCCACUUUUGUCCUUGCGAUGUUUACUUUUCUGUUUUUUAUAAGAUACGGCUUCCGGAACAGGCUUCCUAGUACAUUCGACGCUCAGGUGUAAUGACACCUUUUUGUUAUGUUGCAUUUAUAAUUUAUUGUCUAUGCAUGUGUUUUUUGUUUCGUUAACUUCACAAUAUACUGCGCUUUAUGACAAAUCUACUGUUGCGUGAAACCUUAGCGAAAGAUCAGAUACAAAACACUAUUCCAGCAUACUACUUCAUCAGGGAUUUCAUAUCUUCUCCAGAAGAAUUUUGCACACACCCACAGACACCCCAGCAUGUCGUCAGCUUUGCCAACUUGCCAACACUCCAAGUAGCUUUAUUUCUGUUUAGAUUUACGAACAGUUCACUGCCGUUAAUGUGUACAUACAUAGUACCAGUUGCGCAAUUGAUCACAAUUGCAAGCCAAUGCCUCAAAUCUUACAGCAAUAAUUACGCUAGGAAGGUCUAGUAACGAACUGACUAAUUUUACGCUACGCAUGAUAAGAUAUUUUUUUCUACGUCCUGUUUGAUCCGUUAUUUCAGCUGCUUGAGAGCAUUCCACAGUAUCUUUAGCAUAAAUUCUUCUGUUCCUCGUUUUUUGCUUUUUACUAUCGCACGCACACCCAACACCUGUUAACACGGUGGUUUAUGUUUUUUUAUUCCACUUCUUUACCUUCCUCAAUAAAAGCUUUCGAAGUUGCAAAAUCUUCUUCACGCAAUUUUAUAGCACACAUACACAAACACGCAAAUGCAUUUAAAAAAAAAAAGGAGAAUCUAAUCAGCAGGGAAAGGAGAAAGUAAAACAACGUUCUUUAUUCGCGGUAAUUCAGAGAUAUUCUAGCCGUCAGGGAUGUAUUCAAAGAUGAAGUUGAUCAAUAAUAAUGCAAGCAUCAUUACUGGAAAGGAAACAUCAGAUAUGGUUACAAAUAGUGAACCAAAUACUCGACCUCUCCGAGAAGGGAGAAUGGGGAGAUUGUCUGUACAACAAUGUUGUACAGUUCCACACAAAAACACACACAAACACACACACACCUCCCUCAGCAAAAGAAACCUCGAUCGAUCACACGGAGAAGCGACGAGUUCGGUUUGAUAACCGUUCCCCAGGUGUGAAACAACACUUCCUUGUCAAGUAAUCAACCAACACAACAUAAACCGCAAAGGGUGACUCAUUUGGGGAUGGAGAGUAUACUAACAAAACUACACCAUCUUAGUGCAAAACGUGCAAAUAUUGGAGUUGUAUAAUAUGAAACACUCUAACAGCAAAACCAUUUCAUCAACCCCGGUAUGAUACGCGUGAAAAUAAUGAAAAUGUUUUCGCGAAACCAAACAAACAAACAAACAUUUUAUUUUUAGGUGAUCAGUUAUUUUGCUUUUUUUUUGACAAACGUGUCCUGGAGUUAGUCGAACGAACUCCGGUCGAUAAUGCUUUAAACUGAGAGCCCACGGUGCAAAAAAGGGGAAACCGUUUUGACCUUUUAGUGCCAAAGUUUACUGAACUGAUCAGGUACCACACGCACACAGACACACACACAUACAUGUACAACCCAAUUGUGUCCCCAAUUUUCAGUAUAUCCCUAUCGUGUCAUUACAUAAGUACAACCGGAUGAAGAUGUCAUCCGAAAAUUGCUAGCGUCCAUGUUGUUUAAAGCUUGCUUAAAAAAUCGGGCUCGAAUCGAUAUAUAGGCCACCCAAAUUGCUGCAAUGGCCAAAAACGGGUGUUUAUGCUUGUUUGUACAAUCAGCAAAUUGCAAUAGAUUUGUCUGUCUCUAGUGUGGUAGACGCGGUGUAGCAUGCAGCAAAUGGAUAGGUGAAAUGCUACUAAAAUCUCCCCCCGCCCCCCACGUGUUUGCUAUAAAUGUCACCUUAAAAUGCUUUCCCAACACAAACACACAAAACACACCAUCACAAACGAUCUACUGCACACGUACUAACUUCAUUCCACGCAACACACAACACAACAAUUAAUUAAUCGACACAAAACACAAAAACACACAUUCAAAAAAAAACGGAAUGUCAUUGUUGUUUUUUCGACGAAAAACAGAAAAUGGUAUGGGUCUAAUAAACAUUAAUGCUGAAAGGUACCACAAAACGCGCACGUUGUGUGUGUAAAGAAAGAGAAGAAAAACAAAACAAUGAAAUAAAACAUAAGGAAACGACAGUACUUAAAAAAAGAAAAAGAAAGUACUAGCAAUAUGUACUAGCGCACUAUAUAAAAGUCUCAUCAAAAAGACAACAAAUCGGCAAAGAAAAAACAAAAGAAAACAGUGCGGCAAUGUCAUAAAAAAAAGAAAAACUUUACACACAUGCAACAUUAUCAAGUUUGUCAUUUCAUUCGCAACAAAAAAAAAGCAAAGAACAAAAAAAAUUAAACAAAAUGGGCUGUUAAAACUGUUAAAUUAGAAGCUAAAUUUUACCACAAACCGAAACAAAACAAAAAAUGAGAAGAAAAAAAAACCCACAACUUAGUUAACAAUUGGCAAAAUUGAUCGUGCCAUAAAUCGUUACCGUGCGCGAAGUGAAAAACUGAAGUUGAUAAUGUGUUGCUGGAAAAAACAACAACAAAAUAUUAUAGACAAACUUAAAAAUUGUACAAUUAUCGCUAGAGCUUGUUUUUUGCUUUUCGGGGGGGUUGGUUUCUCGCUCAAUCGCAGCUGGAAGGUAGAGAUGUCUGGUAGAGUCGCCACUGUCCAUCGUAUGGCCAUUUGUUUGUAGCAGCGUUUAGACGUCGAUCGUCGAUUGAUUUGUAGUCCAUUGAGGGUGAUCAUACCGCUUGAUUGGUUGAGCUAUUUCGACUUUUUGGGUGUACAUUUGUGUAUAAAAAAGAACAAACAAAUAAUAACAAAAAAAAACUCCAUCACGAACGCGAGUAGGAAAGCGAUAGAAGGUGACAAAAAAAACCCAGCGUUGUUGUAGUUUUUAGCAUCUCGCGUACCGUUCAUCUCUCAUCAGCCUUUGAUUCGUCCGCAAAUCAUUUGGCAGCAUUUAUUGCGUGUGUGUGAAGCAUUUAGUAGUAUCGUUUGUGCGUAGUAGUGAGUGCAAAGCCCGACAGGGAGAGGCAGAAACGAAAACCGGAAAAAAAACCCAUUUAGCUAAUCGACUGAUGAGUGAUAAGAAAAUAGUAGAAUACUCCGAGUGCUUCGGAAGCUCCCAGUGCUGUACCGAACCGUUUGUAGAAGAAGCAAUCGGAUUAACGGACACGUUCACGGUAGCGUGUGGAAACUAGUUGAAUCGUUGAAGUGUAAAUUUGCUCCGUGGUUAAAAACGAUUGCCUCAGAAAUUGUGUUGCUUGAACUGGUGAUCUUUAGUGUGCGAAUGGCUCAGAAACAAUGGAGAAGAAAACAUUCCUCAAUAGAAAAAAUCGCUCCCAGGAGGGUUGUUUGACACAGUAAAACAAAAAAGAGAAGGUCAAACUACACCGACAGAAAGAUCUCACUCUUCCCAGCAGUUACACAAAAUCGUACGGACAUUACCUUUAUUGCAAUCCCCUAAAACGCUCUACAUCCAAUUUACAAGCCAUAAAUUAGAUGUCUUCAGCUUCAGAUGUUUUGGGCAGGCCGAAAAAGCCCAAAAAAGACGGCAACAACUCGCGCGUCUUUUAGUGGCCCAUCUUUUAGCGUGAAUACGAAACGAGAGCUUCGCUUUUGCUAGGGUGAUAAUGAUGAUCAUUUUUCGAUUAUUUGCCACUAUUUUAUUUGGGGAAUUUUCCUACAGGCUACAAGCGUAGGUACGUGCACUGAUACAAAAACCCGAAAAAAAAACACUCACACGCUUCCCACAUACCAUUCACGCACUGUGUAAUUGUGAAUUCAAAUAGGACUAUAGUCUACUUAAAAAUGGCGCAAAUGAAGGGGAUAUUAUACACCGUUAGGUGUCGGGUUAGGGUUGCUAAAACUCAACGUGUUAGCAAGGAAAGCAGAGCAAGGAAGUAGUAGUACGAUCGACACCGACUGUUAUUUGAUAUACUGUAUACUCGGUUGUAAGCUGUUUCCCGCUAUUUGCAAGCUGGUUUCCUGGUGACUGGUGUAACAAAACAAAAAACUAUAUAUUGAGUGACGAAUUGAGGCAGUUGAGUAAAGUGUGAAGAAAGCAAACCAAAAUAAAAUAAAUAAACUAAACCCGGACGUAAUGCUAUCGAAAAACACACAGAGAAAAUAAAACGGCGCAUGUAUGCAAAGGAAGCAACAAUCUGCGAAAAAAAAACCACUGCACUGCAACAUGCAAUGAAAGUCUUAUGAGGACAAAACAGAAGAGAGAAAGAAAACAGAUUAUAUACUUAUAUACAUAUUUAGAGAGGAUAGAAAACAAGCUGCUUGAUAUAGGUGUAAGAAUGUAGUAAAAAAAGCGUCAACACCGAGCAAAAGGAAACGAAACUAAAAAAGGGAAAAACUAACUAAUGAAAACAAUGCAAACGAAAGAGGAGAAGAAGAAGAAGAAGAAAAAAAAGGGAAAGCUUCGCCACGAUGUAUAUAAACGUUGAUAAUUAUUUAUACCUACCAAUUAAUCACUGUAAACAAAUCAACUACUAUAAACGACGAAUGGUGCGCGCAGUACAAUGGUACAAACGUGCACUUCAGGCAGCAAAACGCAAUCAGUGGCAAAACACAUAGAAGUACAUAUUUUCAAGCAGAAAAUACGCAACAACAAAAAAAAACAAAUCCUAAAACGACAUGAGAAGACAAGAAAAGUGUAAAACCAAACCAGCUAAACGUAUAUGCAUACACAACUUGCUCACUCUCUCACAACUGGACACAUGUAAUCACACACACACACAUAUUCAAAUACAAAAUGAACCUAAAACCACCACCAAACUAUAUUUGUAGCAUUUCUUCAAACCGUGCCCAGUAUGGAUUUUUUUUUCUGUGGUUAAACACGCCAAAAAACAAACAACAAAAAAGAGUAGAAUCAGAAAUAAACCGGAUUUGAUCGCAGAAGCAAAUCAAUCGUAAGGAAAAUCCACACAAUUACAUCACAUUUUCGAUAUGCUGGCUGGCUGGGCUGUUCGCAGCAUAAUCAUGGCAUGCAUAAGUAAUAUUACCAAAAAAAAAACAACCAAAUGUAUCUUAAUCCUUAAGUCACUGCAAGGAGGGAGGCCGGUUGUGGCAAACGAGCAGGGAGAAAGUGUAUGUUCUUAUGUAUAAAACAAAAGACAAGCAUCUAUGUAUAUUAAACAAAAAUCUUACGACAAAGCUAUCUUAUCCUGUAGGGCAGCAGAAGAAAGCAAAAGAAAGGAAACAAGCGGGACACACGAAAUCAUUUCAAAAACCACUUGCAAAACAAACAAAAAAAACACGCAUCGUACCAAGGCAUUAAUCACUAGUAAAAAAAACCACCAAACCACCUAGAAACCACGAGCUGUCUCAC